AUGGAGAAGAAGGCAAGCAAGGGAACCAAGUUGAGCCGAUACUUGAAAGCGCCCAUUAGAGCUUUGAUCAGGGCCAAGAACUCCUACAUCGACGGUAUGACUCAGUGCGCCGGCCGGUUCGAGUACGCCACCACCAUGGCCGGGCCGACGGCGCCCCAAGUCUGCACUCUGCCCAAGAGCUUCAGCGUCAACUCGACGAAGUCCGGCAACAAGGAAGAUCUGGCGGAGCUCAUGAGGGCGGCUUCCACCAGGAACCUGAGCAAGAAGGUGGAGCUGGAGCUUCUCCAGCGGCGGCUGCCAACGGGGCCGGGCGGCGGCAGGGUGGUGCCGCGGAGUCGGAGUCUGGGGAUUGGGAGGAUUGACGAAGAGAAGACGUGUGAGUUUGAGGUAGAUGUCAAGGUCAACAGUACUGCCGCCGUCUAUCCGAGAAGCAGAAGCUAUGCCGUUCCGAAGAGGGCCGGCGCCGGCAUGCUUUGA